AUGUCAGCAGCCCAAAAACCAGAAAAGCGGGUAAGAUACACACCAGGUCCAGGCGUGGCCUCGGCAUUGGAAUUGGAAUUAGAAUUUGGGGUUGGAGCCAGCAGCAGGGAGAGUAAUGGGUGUGUAACAACAAGGGGAAAAGGGGUAAAGAAGAAGAAAAAUAGGAGAGAAAAGGGUUUGGGCUGGCCGCUAGCCAAAAAAGGGCAGGCUGCAACCCCUAAGCCUAAAGGAGAUGAAAGGUUGUUUAAGAGAGAACGGGUAAGAUACACAUCAGGUUCACGCGUGGCCUUGGCAUUGCAAUUGGAAUUAGAAUUUGGGGUUGGAGCCCGCAGGAAGGGGGGUAAUGUGCGUGUAGUUAGCAAAAGUGGCUUUUUUCGAGGUAACAUGACAUAUAGAUCUGACAAUGACAUUCCGUAA